AUGCGAACUUCUGAGUUCUGUGUUGUCCUGGUGUUCACCGCCAUUGGUACCCGAACAGCGUGCAGCCGUUCAGAUCAAACGCAAGCAAGCAUGCGGUCAGUGCGAAUGGCACGAUACUCUCUUGACGCGAGACGAGCGCGCCACGUGAAGCAUUUGGCAAUCUCGAACAUGUGGAUGCAGCCUCUUACCUGGUCAUCGGGUCAGGGCGUCCACAACAGGACCGGAGCGGCCUCCCGGACGGGCCAUGACAGUUCUUCCUUGACCAUGCAUAUGCAGUCUGACCUUGACGGGGAGCACGGUCUCACAGAACUUACUGUGUCUGCCAAGAAAAGGCGAGCCUCGAGGGGCAGCUCAGUUGCAAGCUCGCGUCGCUACUUCGCACGGAAAGACGUGCAGGCCCAGGGAGGCAUUCCUCACCAAUGA